GUCUUCCGUAUGGCUGAGUUUGGCUCUGACAAGUCUCUUCUUGAUGUUCUCAGCUAUCUUAUAGGCAACUAGAGGAGGUUUCGGGAAAACUUCCUUCAAGGUUGGUGUUCCACUGAGCCAGUGACCUGUGAGAUUGUGACUGUAGCUUGAAGAGCGCCCUCUAUUGACUGUAGUUUAUUGUUUACAUGUGGUUUUGUCAGCCAUGUUUCAGCAUGUUUUACUGUAGCAGUUUUUAGCCGAAAAGUUUGUAGUCAAACCAGCAGUUAAUCAGUUUCUACUUCAGAGAUUAUGGACACCUGGUUAUCCUAGAGUCUUGCCAAAGAAUUCGAAUUACAUUAAAAUACGAAAGCAAGAUUUCUAGUCCGUGUCACACCUGUAUGCCUUACUCCUCGAUGAGCCACAACAUUCGAAUUCUGUUCUGCUAACCUGGGAUCAGAAGGGAGUACAGCACAGCACCUGUAUCAGAAUGACCGACUCCACAGUAAAGGAGUUGAAGGUCAAAAGACGGAAUGCCAAGGCGGCACUGACAAGACAGGGAAAAGCCCUACGCUCGAUGAUUGAAGGUAACAGGGCAACCGUUGAAAUUUCAAGUCAGCUUGAAAAGUUUGAACUGGUGUAUGACAACCUAGUUCAGAAGCAUGAGGCUUAUACCGAGCAGAUUUUUGAUGAUGAUGAAUUUAUUGCCGAAGAGGAAUGGUUGGAAGAAUGCCAACAAAGGUUCAUAGCAUUGCAGUGUGAGGCAAAAGAUCAUCUAACUCCAACACCUACUGAAAAAGAGUUAAACCCGAAAGCAGAAGACAGUGCCAGUACAGAGAAAACUAGUUCCAGUAAUGAGCAGUCCAGUUCCAGUGCAGAGCAGUCCAGUUCCAGUGCAGAGCAGUCCAGUUCCAGUGCAGAGCAGUCCAGUUCCAGUGCAGAGCAGUCCAGUUCCAGUGCAGAGCAAAUAUCCAGUGCGGAGCAAACCAGUACAACUUCCAGUGUCAAGCAGAUAACAGAAUCUGAUAGCCAUAUCAGCAUAAAUGAAGCAGGUGAUCAGGAGGAAGAGCAGAAGAAAAUGAAUACAGCAACCCAUGAUGUCGACAAAUUCUGUGGGUUUAAAAUGGAAAAGCCAAAGAUGCCCAAGUACACGGGGGAUGUCAGAGAAUACGCCAUCUUUAAAGAUGACUUCAAGCACAUGGUCGAUAAGAGGUAUGGUAAGAGGGAUGCCAUCACACUGUUACGUACAUGCCUACAAGGAAAGCCGUUGGAGCUGAUUAAGGGAAUUGGGUCCGACUACGAUGCAGCCUGGGAGUAUCUCGACUCCAUAUAUGGUGAUCCACGAUUCAUUACUGACACCGUCACCCAAGACAUCAUGAAGUUUAAGCCACUCCGAGACGGAGAAGACGCCAGAUUCUGUGAGUUAGUUCAUCUUGUGAGGAGGAGUUAUAACACAUUGAAGGAGGUGGGGCGACGGAACGACAUGGAUAAUAAUCAUAUGCUAGCAGUCAUUGAGCAGAAAAUGAACUCUGACGACCGGAAGGUGUGGUCCAGACACUUGGAAAGGGAAAAAGAAAUGGCGACACUACAAGGACUGCUAGACUGGAUGUCAGCAGAAAUGAAAUCGAGGAUGAGGGCAACGGCAUCAGUACGAUGUGAAGCUCAAAGUCCCCGAUCAAGCAUCAAUCACAUUCAGCAGAAAGACCCAAAGUCAAUGCCGCUCCGUGACAAGUGCUGGAUUUGUCACGCUUCCAGCCACUGGACAGACCAGUGUGAGAAGUUCAAGGGGAUGAGUCCAGAAAACCGAUUUAAGAUGGUUAAAGAGAACCAUGUCUGCUUCAGCUGCCUCAAAAGGGCAGGAAAAGGCCAUAAUGUGUCUACAUGUUCGAGAAGACGACAGUGCACGGAGAUGAUGAACGGAAUCCAGUGUAAACACUUUCACCAUCAGUUACUGCAUCUUACUCCCCAGCAAGCCACCGGUUCAGUCAGCGUUGCAGUAAGUACAACCCGAGCAGAAGUAUUACUACCAGUCCUACAAGUGCAGAUCAUGGGAACCCAGAUUACUCAACCAGCAAAUGUCCUGCUUGACUCCGGGGCACAGAUAUCAUUGAUCAGAAAGUCCCUCGCCGAAAACUUGAAGCUCAAGGGAAAGGAUGUAAAUACUACCAUCACCAAAGUGGGAGGAGAAGAAGAAGAGCUUCAAACAAAAGUCUAUGAGGUCCGUCUUCGUCCGAAGCACAAAGGUCCAACUUACACUAUUACUGCCAUUGGUAUCCCCUGCAUAAGCGACGAUAUUGCUGAAGUUGACCUAUCACAGAUGGCCAAACUCUUCAAACUGCAUCCAAGCAGUCUUCAUCGAGGUAGCGGCCCAGUCGAUCUACUCAUUGGCAUUGAUCAUGCAAGCAUACAUGCUGGUGAAACCCAUGAAGCCCAGAAUCUGAUUGCCCGCCAAUCACCACUUGGUUGGGUGAUUUUUGGAACCGGCCCUGGGGACCAAACCAAGACAAGCCGAGUUCUCCAUGUGAAGUUCUCAGCACCAGUAGACAUGACAGAUUUCUGGAAAACUGAAGCUAUGGGAGUAGCUGUAAAGUCCUGCACAUGUGAGCCAGAAAAGCUCAGCCCAGCAGAAUUAAAGGAAGCCAAAAUAAUAGAAGAAUCCUGUACCAGAGAUGGAAACCGAUGGACCGUCCCUUACCCUUGGAAAAGGGAUCCGAAACAGCUACCGGAUAACAAGAUCCAGAUAGAGAAGAGGCUCUAUUCAACAGAACGCCGACUUGCAAAAAACGCAACUCAUGCAGAAGCCUAUGAUGCCCAGAUGAAGGAAAUGGUGGAAAAGAAGUUUGCCCGGAAGCUGUCUGAAGCUGAGCUGAAGUCAUACAAAGGUCUUAGCGUGAUCAGCAUGUUCAUCGCUUCUUGUGGAGAAACCUGA